GUCUUGGUGCAUGUGUAUGUUUUUUGACAUGUUUUGAACGAUGUGAAAUUCUGCGAUUCUGAAAUGCUGAAAUUUUUGCUGAUCGUUAACAAACAAGGACAUUUACGACUAUCUAAAUUCUGGUGUCACGACAAGACAGUGAAUAAAACGGUGUUAGCGUCAGACGUAAUUAGGAACUGUCUUUGUAGGGAUGAAAAGCAGUGCUCCUUUCUGGAUUACAAGGACUUCAAGAUCAUCUACAGACGAUAUGCUACUCUAUAUUUCCUAAUAGGUGCCGACAAAGACGAGAAUGAGCUAGCAGUUUAUGAAUUCAUACAUAACUUUGUGGAGGUCCUGAACAAGUAUUUCAAAAAAGUGUGUGAGCUGGAUGUCAUGUACGGCCUGGAGCGCGUGCACCUCAUCCUUGACGAGAUGGUGUCCGACGGAGAAGCGAUCGAGAUGAAUCAGAGCUUCGCUCUCGCUCCCGUCCAAGUCCUCGACGCGUUCGGACACCGCCGCUGACCGCGCUGGAGAAACGAAGCCUCGAAAAAUCCCGUGAAGGUCGACCCGUGGCGUCAGCGAGUCGUCGGAGGUUCGGCAGCGUGCGGGGAGGGGUCGAGUCGCAAUCGGGGGGUCUGUGCGAGGUGCCGUCUCAGAUACGUAGGCAAGCGGCGACGAUGCCCUCUGGCGGUCGGACGGCGCGGCGGGAGCGGAGCACGAGUCCGAAGACGAGGUACACGCGAACGAACAUGGCGACGACGACGACGACGACGACGGAGACGCGACACCGCGCCGU